AUGAGGAUUCGAGUCCUCUUGGCUGAUAGCUAUUUUAUUUCCCUUUUUAUUUUACUCGGAAUAUUUUUUUCAAAUUUUCCUUUCAAUUCCUCAAUUUAUUUUUUAAAUAAAGGAUUAACUAAAAAUGGCUGUAUUAUUAUAAAAGACAAUAUAACAAGUCGAGAUGAAGAAAGAAUUUUUGAUGAAUGUGACAAUUCGUGGACAAGGCCUUCAAAUGAAUUACGACUGUUAAUAGAAGCUGCUGAUUUAAAUAUUGUUUUGGGGAGAAAACAACUUUUCUUUCCUAAAAAUAAUUUUCCGGUUUUUAUGUUCGUCUUAAAACCUUCAGAUAUUAUUUGA